CGCUCACACACUAACAAAAUCAUAGUGAUUUUUUGAUUAGGUUUAGCCUCAGUUUUGCUGGCUAGGUUUUAAUGAACCCAUCCCACCUAUUUUUAUUUUUCUGCACAAUUUCUUACCUUACAGACACUAAAGUUAGAUUCUUUCUUUUUCAUUUGUGUUGAUGGAUUUAACCAUACACUAAGACUCUCUUAGAAAGAGAAAAGCUGAAGUUUUUAGUAUCAUCAGUUAACAAAUGGCAACUAAGAACCCUUUCGAUCUCUUGAAUUAUGAUACUGAAGACCCAAAUUUGUUUAUUACUGCUGCAGAAAAGCAAAAGCUUGAAAAGCCUAAGAAAGCUCCUGCUUCGACUCCAACUCAAGCUCAGCCAGCUAAGUACGCUAAGCUCCCCUCCAAACCAUCUCCUCCUGCUCAAGCCGUGAGGGAGGCAAAGAGUGAGGCUGGGCGUGGAGGAGGCCGUGGUACUGGACGUGGUCGUGGACGUGGCGGCAGUGGGUUCAAUCGUGAUUACAAUGUUAGUGAUAACUCCAAUGGAUUUUCAGGAGGUUACAGACCCUCCGAAGAGGGAGAAAGAGGGAAGCAAUCAGAAAGGCGUGGCUAUGGUAGGCCUCGAGGUUCUUUACGGGGGGGUCACCGUGGUGGUUCUAAUGAUGGAGAAUCUGGAGAAGGGGAACGUCCUCGCAGGCAGUAUGAUCGCGGCAGUGGGACUGGGCGUGGUAAUGAGUUCAAACGCGAUGGUGCUGGACGUGGUAAUUGGGGUAGUCCUACUGCUGAAGUUGCUCCGGAGAACGAAGAAAAUGUCCCUGAGAAUGAUAAGAAUGUGGGCACUGAGAAGCAGUCUGGCGAGGAAAAUGCUGUGGAUGUCAGCAAGGAGAACGCCACAAAUGAACCUCCGGAGGAGCCUGAAAAUAAGGAGAUGACUUUGGAAGAAUAUGAGAAGAUUCUUGAGGAGAAGAGGAAAGCUUUGCUUGCCCUCAAGACUGAAGGAAGGAAAGUUGAUGUCAAAGAGUUUGAGUCCAUGCAGCAACUUUCAAAUAAGAAGAGCAAUGAUGACAUCUUUAUCAAACUGGGUUCUGAAAAGGACAAGCGCAAAGAUGCUGAUAAAGAAGAAAAAGUAAAAAAGUCUGUCAGCAUCAAUGAGUUCCUGAAGCCAGCCGAAGGGGAGAGGUACUAUGGCCCCGGGCGUGGUCGAGGCCGUGGCCGUGGUCCCAGAGGUGGAUAUGGAGGCAACGCAGCUAGCAAUGUGUCAGCCCCCUCGAUUGAAGAUCCUGGCCACUUUCCCUCUCUGGGUGGCAAGUGAGAUCCACCACUGCAAUCUACACAAUGGUUUUCACGUGCUCAGAUUUCAUUGUGAUCUAUUCAACAUUCAGGAGUAAAAAAGUUUUUCAAGAGGAAUGAUAACUUCCUUUAGUAGAAACCGUUUAAUGUUUUUGAGAGUAAAUUUUAGAUAACUUAUCCAUGGUCUUGUCCUGACAUGCAUGCAUACGUAUUUUUCUUUUUUGUUUUUUGGGGUUGGGGGUUUUAAAAUUAGAAAACAUUGGUCAUUAUUACGACUGAGAAGUAGUGCACCAGUUAUGGUUCGGCGUAGAUUAAGAUGGUUUAGUUGGUCCUGUCUGAAACAUUGCAUUCUUGUUAUUUUAUCAUUUUAAUCUCUUUUUAUUGAUGAUCUGAUGCUUCAUGAAAAAUAAAGGAGUUUCUCCUGGCUUCAAGGUGGGGUGUUUUAUUUAUGUUUGCAAAUAUAAGUGAAAGGCAAUAAUAGCCGAUGAGGGUUGGCGGAAGUGGUGAGAGGUGAAUGUUGGGUGUUAAUGCAUUCAGAUUUAAAUCCUUACAAUCUCUCGUUGGUAGACAAUUUAUAA